AUGGAAUCAGGUGAGGAUACGAAGCCGGGCUUGGGAAAUGAAAGCGAUGACGAUGCUGAUGAGAGCAAGUUGGGUAUGCAAGAAAAUAUAAAUGAUGAUGAAGCUGUUUCCAGAGCACUCAGUAUAGUCCAGAAACAGACGCGAGAAGCAAUUGAUGUUUUGCGAAAAGUGAAUGAGAAGAGCCAAAGAAAAGCACUGUUCCCGGAAGUUGAUCAGAUGCUUCAUAUUCAGUGUGUUUAUAAGAAGCCAGAUGUUACGCAUCCUGGACGUCGCACGAAACGAAUGUUAGUUGCC